AUGUCAGAAAAUUUACGCAGGCCAACACUUCCUCCGACCAGAGCAAACAAUGUACCCGUUGGCCGUAAUAGUAGUCGAAGGACACUAGGACCGCGUGGACCGAAAUCCGCUGUUAGUGUUCCUGCAAUUUCUUUAACAGAUCAGGAUACUGCUGCUUCUACUGAAGAAACUGCACCCUUACCACAUGUCGAUGCUACGACCCCUGCUAGAGGAGGCAGCAGGUUGGUUGGGGCAACUUUGGAAACAUCUCGUUUUCAUGAUGUGUCCAAGUCGACAGAACCUGCUGCUUCUUUGGCUCCUCCAAUUCGUGCUCCUCCGCAUCGACGGCCAUUACCAGGGAGCAAAUUACCCACUGCGAGCAAUGGCUUACCGCCGCCAAGUGACUUCCCUAGGGAUAAGGACAGUGGCCGUUCUUCCGUUCUUCAUUCACUCAAUAGGAAACCACUGCCGGCUUCUCGGCUCCCUUCACCAUCCACAGCCAAUACUGCUGUUCCCAAUCCACCGGCCCAUGUAACUUCAGCUCGCUCUACAAAAUUGCAACAUGGGCCAGCACACUCACUUCCUACGCCGCCGUCGCACACCAAUUCUAAGAAUCCGAUACCCGUAAAUCCUAGUUCCUCGCAUCCGCUACCCUCGGUUAUUCCUUCUCACAGUCCAUUAAGAUCAGGCCCGUUAUUCCCUUCAAACCGGCGUCGAUUUCAGUCAUCGGUGGCUCGCUUAAAUACGCUCCCCCCUAUUCCCGACAACCUUCCCUUGCCUCCUACUCCUGUUAUUAUACCCUCUACACGCCCGUCUUCUUUAGAGGCCCUUCAACAUCUCUUCAACGAGUUUCUCAAACAUCCUAAUUUUUCGCUCGAUGAGUACGCCAUAAACCUUCUUCAACAAUUCACACCAGACGAGAAAUGGGCGUUCAUAAAAGAAAACGACAAGACCUUUGAAGACAUCGCAUUCAAGGAGGAAGGGUUUCCCGCCGCUCGUCGUCCCGCUGCGUGGUUUGUGCUGCAGUUAUGGAAUAAAACUAUCAGUAAUUUGCAGCUUAUUACACUGACCUCGCUUUUGCGUUCACAAUCAGAGAGAUGGAUCCUUUCUUUUUUAACCGUGGGCGGAUUUCAAGCCCUUCAAAGUACAUUUCAUUACUUCAAUGAAUCUGCCAUUACACAGACACAGCAGGCAGAAAUCAUUAAAUGCUUCUUCAUUCUAUUGGAAAAGCGGCCGAUGCUUGCUGUAACGCAUGCUGUUGUCUUCCGACAAGCUGUCCAAGCGCUAGUGAAUCCUAACAUGCUUACUCGUAAGCUUGCAGCGGAGCUACUUUCUUGGGCGUGUACAUUGCAUGAGCGUUAUGUUCUCGAUGAAGUUCGAACGGGUUUCGAAGAGUUGCGGAAAAGCUCUUCAUCUGAUGAGCCGCUGUUCAUGACAUGGUUAGAAUGCUUUUCGGCUUCGAUUAAUGACAAGGUUCAGUCCGCCAGUCCUAUCUCUUCUCCCGGCGGUCCGUCUAUUAAACCCUCCACAACAACUAUUGCUUUCUUGGAGUAUUGUACUUCUACUCUGAUUUUUAUCAACAAUCUUUGUUCCUGUUCCGAUGACUUGUCGGAAGCGUUCGAAAUUCGUAAUGAAUUUCGUAAGUCUGGAAUUCAUACCAUUGUCAGUAAACUACGGGGAUUCUCGGACCGGCAGCUUGAGGAACAAUUAAACAUAUACGAAGCUGAGGAGGACAACAAUACAAGCGCUGUUCUUUUCACAGAUGGAGAUUCUCAUAUCUCUGAUGAUUCCUCUAUACUUACUACGUAUAGUGAAAUUACUAAGGAUGAAGUUGGAAAGUUAUUGGAUUCAACUGCACAAACAAUCUUGCGGGCAAGAGGUCAAAAAAGGGACAAGAUCCAGUUACUUCGUGUUGUUAACUCUUUCCUCCAAAGCUUUUUAUUAAAUGAAAAGAUCUCAGAGUUGGACUUCGAUAGCAAUUUGCAGCAUACAUUUCAGACCCUUGUAGAUCGUAUGUAUACUGAUGAGACGGCUCGCAAUGCUUUACAGGAAGCGAAAGCUGCCCGGGCAAUGGCUGAAAAGCUUGUGAUCGAGCGCGAUGCCAUGGCAGCUCAGGCAAAACUCGGUGCAGAAGAGCUUAUUACAAAGUUAAAGCAAGAACUGAAGGAGCAAAAUGAUGUUAUUCUAGCUCAGAAACGUUCGAGCGAUACUAUGCGUGAGGAAUUCAACGAACUUAAAAGCAUACACAUUCGACAGAUGCAGAAAAGCGAAAUUGAGUUGCGGGAUAUAUUUCUUCGUUUAAGUCAAUUGAAGAAAGAUCCUCACUCAACAACCAAUGGUGUUUCCAUUUUGCUUAAUCACCUUCGUCAAGAAAUUGAUAAACAGAAAAAGGAUUACAUUGGAGAGUCUGCCUACUGGUCUGACGGUGUUACUGAUCCCCAACUUCUGGAUUUAAGAAACCAGACCGAGGGUAUUCCGGUGCUUCCUGUGGUCGAAGAACAAGGUAUCACAGUACCAAAACUUCGUGGUCACCAAACUUCCAUGCGACGAAAGCCUGUCAGCUUAAUGCGUGGACAGUAUAUAGGCCGAUCAGUUUCCGAAGGUGUUUCUAAAAUCUACAGCGAAGGUAUCAACGAUAUUACGGCUGAGCUGAACAAGAUCUUUGAAAACAGAACUAUCGGAAGCCGAAAACGUUCUGUGGAUAGCGUCGAUGGAAGCAGUAGUGUUCAAACAUCAGCGACUAAACAUCGAUCAUGCGAAGACAAACUCUUUAUUACCCCUUCCGAUGUGACCUCUUUCGUAAAAUCGCGUCCUCCAAGGAAGGAUCGAACACCGUCCGGGGGAAGCGCGAGCACAACAGAAGAAGCGGUGCAAGCAGGAAAACCCGCAGAGCCUUCACCCACUGUCGAAGCGUCUGUUCCUCCAUGCCCUCCACCGCCUCCUCCGCUUCCUGCUUACAAAGAUUCUGGAGUAUUCAAAACGACUACUGAUGAUAAUUCAGCAGCAGUAACAGGAAUACCCCCUCCUCCUCCUCCGCCUCCUCCUGCUCCAGUUAUGUCUGCUGGUGGAAAGUUCUCUGAACAAUCUACCGGCUCCAUACCUCUUCCUCCUCCUCCUCCUCCUCAAGGGCUCUUAGGAUUACCAAUGCGGCCACGGAAGAAAAUCAAGCAAAUGCAUUGGGAAAAGGUGGAGCAGGGUUUGGAACAUACUUUAUGGUCAAAACGUAAUCUUGAUACUAAGGUUAUCUCGGAGGCAUUCAAAAAAGCCGGUAUCCUUGAGGAAAUCGAAAAAAGCUUCUCAGUUAAGGAAGGAAAAGUGUUUACAAGAAAGCGGAGUCGUAAGCAUGAGUUUAUGUCCAGCGAUUUGCAACAGGCCUUUGGUAUCCACUUACACAAAUUUAAUCACAAAAGUCCUGAUGAAGUGCUUCGGAUCAUUCUCCAUUGUGAUGAGUCUGUUUUGCAGCUUUCCCCCUUCUUAGGUAGUGAAAGCGUCUUGCAACAAGAUAGGCUCAAGGCAGACCUCGAGCCUUAUAGAAUCGACUGGCUUAAUGGUGGAGAGCAAAUAAAUGCUGAUAAAGAUGCGAGUGAACUAUCCCGUUGGGAUUAUGUAUAUCUUCGUUUGGUCGUUGAUUUAAACCACUACUGGCCCCAACGGAUGGUUGCCUUAAACACGAAAUAUGCUAUCGAUACAAACUAUGACACUCUUUUGCGUCAGGUCAAAACUAUUGACAGAACGGCUAGACACCUUCGGGAAAGCUCGCGACUACAUGAUAUUUUGGAGAUCAUUCUUCAUAUCGGUAACUUUAUGAACGACAUACCGAGACAAGCAAAGGGUUAUACAAUUUCUUCUUUGCAACGUCUUCCCUUAAUGAAGAAUUCUACUAACACAAAGUCUGUUUUGCACAUAGUCGAGGCAUUCAUUAGAAAUCACUUUCCUGAUUUACAAAAGGUUACUAGUGAGUUUGCAACUUUGUCAGAAGCUGCCAGCAUCAACAUGGAAUCUUUGGAACAAGAAUGCAAACAGCUCAUUCAAGGCUGUCGUUCUGUGCAAUUGGCUUGUGAUUCAGGCGCACUUUCAGAUCCUACUGUAUUUCAUCCUGACGAUAGAAUUCUUUCCCUCAUUUUACCUUGGCUUGAAGACGGUAUAAAAAAAAUGGAAUUCAUGAAAGAACACUUAAACUCAAUGAACACUACAUUGACAAGUGUUAUGCGGUUCUAUGGCGAAAAGCCUAACGACAUUAGCGCAAGGGCAACAUUCUUCCGAAAAUUCAGCACAUUCUUGUCAGAUUACAGCAAAGCUAACACCGAGAACCUUGAACAAGAGCGGGAAGAGAAGCGACAGCUUAUGAAGCGUCAUGUAAGAAAUACAGAGGGACGUUCAGCUGUAAUAGAGGCUGCUUUAUCUGGAAAACAAACUGAAAACCAUGAGGCUAUCGAUUCACUUUUGGACAAACUGAAGCAUGGUGUUGCUCGCCGUCCCCGGAGACGUCUCAAUAUAAAGCUUCCAAAGGCUGAGCCGGAAGACGUUUCUAUCACUGAGGAAAAACCAGAGAAAGAAAAGGAACCACGGCCCGAGGAAAAGAAAUUGGAACACUCGGUUUCGGUGAUUACUCCUCCUGUUACUACUCCUCCUGUUACUACCCCCCCUGUUGUUGAAAAGGAACCUCAGAAAGAGGAAAAGGUUAAGAUAACCGUACCGGUCUUACGAAAAACCCAAAGUCUUAAGAAACCGGAGGUCGAGCAUGAGGCAAAGCCUGUGGACACUCUUCGAAAUAUGCGUCAAUCUUUGAGACAUCCAAAGACGGUGAAGGAAAUUACUAAGAAGCAUCAAAAUCAUAGACGCUCUCUCUCAGAUCCGUUGGCCAACCUGGAAACGCAGAAAAAAGAUACUUCAGCUGACGAUGUUUCAAUGCUUUCAAAGGACGACACGUUUGUGACAACGCACGAGUUUUCUUACAUGCUUACCGAUGCUGAAUCUGAAGCCAAACACACUCCUGUGGAGGCACCAAAACAUCACGAACCUGUAUCUCGGAAGGCUAAUCAAACACCAACUCCUACUGAUACGCCUUUGAAGCUUACUCCAGUCACAAGACUCUCGUCGCAUUUGAAGCAUCUUGACAUUGAGCAAAAAAGUAACGCUAGUAGCAGUCCCUUUCAGAAUCCCGGCGAGUUUGAGACAUCCACGCCUACGGAUAAGAAAUCCGCAAAACCGGUGUUUGCAAGACCCUCUUUUAAGGCACUGUUUGAACAGCAUACGAACAAAUAUGCUCGAACUGCGCUUUCAAAGCAUGAGUUUGGAAAAGAGAAUUUGCGCUCUGUCCUCGAAAGUUCGCACGCCAACGUGCAGCCGAAACAGCCUUCGUUGCCUGAAGCUCCUGCUGCUAGCACUGCAAAACCUACUACGCAUUCUACCCUUCAGAGUGUUCCCGUUGCUAAUCGAAAACCUACUACGCAUUCAACCCUUCAGAGUGCUCCCGUUGCUAAUCGAAAACCUACGCCUGUUCAUGAACAUGCCUCUUCUAAACCCCCUCCUGUCACUAUUACUGGGCGCUAUAAAGAACAACCCGAAAGUGCAUUAAACGGUCCGUUUCCCACAUGUCUCUCUCUUCUUUAG